AUGGUUAUCAUAUUUGCCUACAUAAGUGAACAUACUUCAAAAAAAGAGCUCAAUGGACUAUCGAGGAAGCAUCCCAGCACUGUUGACAGUGUUUUACUGGAUGGACCCCUGACUGACCCUGAAGCUGGAGAACAAUUUGUGCAAGAUGCGUUUCAGAUCAUUUUGGAGGAGGCCAUCAAGAAGGGGACAAAUAUCAACGAGAAGGUAUGUGAAUGGAGGGAACCAGAUGAGCUACAGGAUCUUCUUGACCUUGACCUAGUUGAUGCUGGUGAGCCCCCUGAAAAACUGCUGGAGCGAUGCCAAGACAUAAUUCGAUAUAGUGUCAAAACUGCUCAUCCUCGAUUUUGCAACCAGCUAUUUGCAGGACUGGAUCAUCAUUCCUUGGUUGGACGUUAUAUAACAGAAACCCUGAACACAAGCCAAUAUACCUAUGAGAUUGCACCAGUUUUUGUACUGAUGGAGGAAGUGGUGUUGAGGAAGCUUCGUACGUUUGUUGGAUGGAAGUGCGGCGAUGGAAUUUUUUGCCCAGGAGGCUCUAUGUCCAAUAUGUAUGCUAUGAAUGUGGCCCGGUACAAGCUCUUCCCUGAAAUUAAAAAACGUGGCCUAUGGGAUAUGCCGAGACUGGCUGUCUUCACCUCUGAAGAAUGCCAUUAUUCUGUGACUAAAGGAGCUGCAUUCCAGGGUCUGGGCACAGACAAUGUCUAUUUGGUAAAAGCUGAUGAACGGUGAGUCACUGGGUGUGGUGUUAGCUUCUAAGUAACUGUGUCCCUCAAGGAGGAAUGUAAGUAUUCUGAUGGAGUGGUUCCAUUCCUUGUGAGUGCUACAGCUGGAACAACUGUCUUUGGAGCGUUUGAUCCUCUGCCAGAAAUUGCAGAUAUCUGUGAAAAGUAUGGAAUCUGGCUUCAUGUUGAUGCAGCCUGGGGCGGAAGUGCCCUCAUCUCCAGGAAACAUCGGGAUUUGCUGACUGGAAUCAAGAGGGCUGACUCUGUUGCCUGGAACCCCCACAAGAUGCUGAUGGCAGGGCUGCAGUGUUCUGCCUUUCUGCUCAAAGACAACACUGACCUCCUGAAGACUUGUCACUCGGCCAAUGCCAGCUAUCUUUUCCAGCAAGACAAGUUCUACAAUGUCUGUUAUGAUAUAGGUGACCAGUCCCUGCAGUGUGGUCGGAAAGUGGAUUGCCUCAAGCUAUGGCUGAUGUGGAAAGCUGUUGGUACUCUAGGCCUGGAGAAAAGGGUUGACCGUGCCUUUGCCUGCACUAGGUUUCCUCAGUAUGUCAAUGUUUGCUUCUGGUACAUCCCGCCCAGCCUGCGAGGGAAAGAACAGAGUUCUAACUUUUGGCAGAACCUAGGAAAGGUUGCUCCAUUUAUCAAGGAGCGAAUGAUGAAGCGAGGCAGCAUGAUGGUGGGUUACCAGCACCAUGGAACCAAAGUGAACUUCUUCCGACAGGUCCUGAUUAGUCCACAGGUCAGCCGGGAGGAUGUCGACUUUUUUCUGGAUGAAAUUGAACAUCUGGGAAGUGAUUUCCAGCUGGAGUAAUAUAUCAGUUCUCUUGCUAUAAUCUGUCCAUUGGUGAUCUAGCCUAGAAGUUUAAACUGAGCUCAGGUGAUCUAUCUUGUUCUCCUCCGUUGUAUGUUUCUUCUGGAAAUUCUUGCUCAAACAAUUUUUAGUUGAUGGGAGCAUAAUAAAUUUUGAAGAUUUUGAUUAAAAUUGUCUUUCAGACCUUUCUGCUGGCUGAACAUGUCCCACAUUAGAUAUUUUGCCAGUUUCUGGAGACCAUGAACCCAGACACAAUCUGUCCCUGACCUGGCUUGUCCCAUUUAGAUGCCAUUGGCUUGUCAUUGUGCACGAGGGUAUGGUGCAGGAAACCCAUCUGGAGUGUCAGCUGAUGUACUUGGAACAAAUUAGAAGCAACAUUGACUGACUUGUAUUUAAUCCCUUUGCUGUCCCUGUCCUGGGAGUGUUUGGGGAUGGUGUAGAGGGCGCUUUACUCUGUAUCUAACACUAUGUACCUGACUUGAGUGUUUGAUAGGACAAGUAUGUUUUAAUGAUGUAAUGUUCAUAUCAAACGAAAAAUGAAUUGUUUGGUAAAAAUCUGACACUUGAGCUGGUGGGGAUAUCUUGGAAAUGUUUGUGUACCUGAAUGAUGAAUAUUUGCAAACCAGAAAUACAUCUUGUUAAUGGGGGGAGGGGGGGUGUUGGCAGGAGUGACUAUUAAAGGGAUGAUUUGUUUGUUUGUUUUGUUGAUUUUUGACUUUAUUUUCCACUGCAUCUAAUUUUAGGUUGAGGAGAGCAAGUGUCCCUCCCACACACCGCAACCCCCACCCCCAUACAAUCCAUGCAGAGAUUUAUCUCCUGGUUGCUUUGUUCUCUCCAAGGACUCAAAAUCUCUCUCUCUCUUGCUGCUUGCUGCCUGCAACCCCAGGGCAGUGAAGUGGUUUGCUACCAGUGGUUGCAGGAUUCCUCAACAAAGUAACUUCUUCAAUAAAGCAAUUGCCAUGGUUCCUCUGGUCGUGCCCCAUGAUGCUUGAUUAUUUUUUUCUCCGUAAAUACCUACUAACUUCCAUAUGGAUGAUGCAGAAGCAUGGAAGUUGAUUCUUUGCCUUAGGACUGUACGCCAUCAUGCGGUCUGGCCUGGCUUGCAUCUAAUAGAGAGCUCUAACUACUUUGUGCCAUUUAAUGACCCUUCGUGGUAUUUUCAGAAGAGUAUUUGGUCCUGAUCUGUGACAGUUUCAACUUCCUUCAGUAGUCAAUGUCAUCUUGCUCAGAUGCUGUUACUGUGGUUGGCGCACGAGCCCAACACACAACUUAAUUUUAUUUGAUACACCGGUAUUAACUUUCUUUAUCGUCUUGUGUGGAACCAGGAAAAAAAUACAGGUUGGAUGCUUGCUGUUUAAUGUAGUUGAUCCCUGUGAAGUUACAAAUUGAGAGCCAAUGUUGGACUUUGGGAUUGAAUGCAGCUUUCUAGGUGGGCCAUGUAACUUCAAUGUGAUAUGCCAGAGAUGCAUUCAAUUCAGUUACACUUUAUAUAUCUGAACUUGUGGACAAAUUCUUUUUAUAACUGUUAACUGGUGAGAGCCUGUUGACAAUCCAUAUUUUCUCAUGUUAUCUGUAUAAUGGUUGAGGAUGUUCAAAUCUGGGAUGGGUUACUGAUGAGGUGUGCUGUCCCUACUUUUGGUUAAAAAAGGAAAAUCCUGAUUUUUUUUUUGAGCUUUGGUUAGCUAUUACAAUAUACCAUAUUUAGUAUAAAGACUUUCUACAUUGUCGGCAGUUUUCUGUUAUGGGUAUGUGGUCAAAACAU